ACCGAGAAAGAAAGAAUUUUUUUGAUUAUCGAGCAUUGACACACCCCCUACCCUGCACCUGUUGCGCUCUCUAUGCUGCUCAAUUUUUCUACACCUUGCAUUUUUUCCUUCCCUUUUUGUUAAAUACCUCAUGCCUCCAGACACUACUUGACCAUCCUAGCGAUGCGCUUCAUGAUGUCUCUUACUGAUGUUUUUCGCAGAACUGAGGACGAUGGGAACGAUAGCUACGCUUCCGAUACCCCCCGCUCCGGUGUCGCUACUCCACAGCCUGAUCCCUCAGACAAGCGGUUACCUGGCAUUAUGCACAGUUACUUUGGACAGGUUGGUGCUGGUUCUUCUCAAAGUCCAAAUUCUGGUGUCCUUGAAACCCCUGCUCUGGAGAGUGAAGCUCAAACUCCCCUUCCUUUUCACCGGCGGGAAGAAACCGAGGGUGAUCAGGUGCUGUCGUCAGUCACGCCAGACUCUCACAAUGAGCCUGCGAGUGACUCCCACGAUAAAGACCCAAUUGCUCAGCCGCCCACGGAUAGUGAGCGUGCAGAGUCUCUUGCACCGAAGAACACCCCGACAAGUGGCCUGCAUCCAUACCCGACACCACCCGUUUCCCAGCCACCAUCACUACACAAAUUAAAAUUGAGCGAUUCAGGCUCUGAAGAUGAGAAAGAAAGUGCAAAGACCACUGCUUCUUCAUCUCCCGCACAUCACAAGAGACUUUCGGAAUCAAUUCCGUCAAGCGCUCGCAGAGCCUCCUUGAUGAAUCCUCUCUCAAGUGUUGUGACGGCAUCAAAUGUUCAUGCUGCUCAUUUCUCUAACCCCAGCGAUCGCUCUCCACCAACUACCCCUUCACGUUCUCGUCUGAGUUCUGAAUUUCACGAGUCUCCAUCAGUUGAUCGACUCAAGAAGCUAACAGAUGACGCUCCGCGUAAAAAGAGUAUCCCUCCCACUCCAACACGCGCAUUGUCCAACCAAACCGUCAAAUCCGAUGCGAGCGGUGGAUCAGACCCGGCGAACGGCGCGAAUAGUUCGAAUGGACAGAACGGGAAGACUGCUACGGAAUCUACGCAUACUACAUCAGCAUCGUCGGGAUCGACCGGUGCACCUGCACCGGCGCCAAAAGGAAAGCUGACAGUGAAGAUCUCCGAAGCCCGAGGUUUGCGAAAGAGCAGAGACCCGUACGUGGUGGCUGUGUUCCAGAGAAACGAGUUGGUAUCCAAGGGACCUUUACCUGAGGAUAAUGACGACAACGAAGAUGCGACUAGCAGCCCAGCUAUUGGAGGAAUCCCCAUCAUGCGAUCUGGCAGCGAUUCAGGACGACCAAUGGCAAUUCCCAUGAAGAGUCGACAGAGUAGCAACACUAGUCUUUCUGACUAUCGUGAUUUCAAGAUCAAAGGCCGAAAAUCUAUGACGAAUCCAAAAUGGGACACCGAGGCCGUCUUUGAUGUGGUUGGAUCUGAUUCUCGUGUCAACAUCACCAUCUAUGAUAGAAGUAGCGCCGCCGAAGAAUUCCUUGGUCACGUUGAUUUGGAAGCCAAUAUCUCAGAGACUGAGAAUUCGCCCCUCUCGGGAUGGUUUCAACUACGAGGCAAAGAUAACACCGACAAUGGCCAUCCUGGUGAGAUCCAUGUAGAGAUCACCUUCCAACGAACCGAGAAGAAGCAUUAUGGACCAGAGGACUUCCAAAUCUUGAAGCUUAUUGGCAAGGGCACAUUUGGUCAGGUUUACCAGGUCAGAAAGAAGGAUACGAAGAGAAUAUACGCCAUGAAGGUCCUCCAGAAGAAGGUUAUUGUUCAGAAGAAGGAAGUCGCACACACUGUUGGAGAGAGAAACAUCAUGGUUCGAACAGCUAUGGCCGACUCACCCUUCAUCGUUGGACUCAAAUUCUCCUUCCAAACACCAACAGAUCUAUACCUGGUCACAGAUUUCAUGUCUGGUGGAGAGCUGUUCUGGCAUUUGCAGAAGGAAGGACGAUUUGACGAGAAGCGUGCGAAGUUCUAUAUUGCUGAGCUUAUUCUUGCUCUUCAACAUCUUCAUAUGCACGACAUUGUCUACCGCGACUUGAAGCCCGAGAAUAUUCUCUUGGACGCCAAUGGUCACAUUGCAUUGUGCGAUUUUGGCCUUUCAAAGGCAAACUUGACCAACAACGCAACCACAAAUACGUUCUGUGGCACGACCGAGUACUUGGCACCUGAAGUUCUUCUGGAUGAAGCCGGUUACACGAAGAUGGUUGAUUUCUGGUCCUUGGGUGUUCUUGUAUUUGAGAUGUGCUGCGGCUGGAGCCCGUUCUACGCUGAAGAUACCCAACAGAUGUACAAGAACAUCGCCUUCGGAAAGGUCAGAUUUCCUAGAGAUACUUUGACCACCGAGGGCCGAAACUUCGUCAAGGGUCUUCUGAACAGGAAUCCAAAGCACCGACUUGGAGCAACCGAUGAUGCAGAGGAGUUGAAGCGACAUCCAUUCUUCGCUGACAUCGAUUGGGAGGCAUUGACUAAGAAGUUGAUCACUCCUCCAUUCAAGCCAAAGUUGAAGUCUGAAAUCGACGUUUCAAACUUCGAUCCUGAGUUCACCAAUGCUCUCAAUGGCGCAUCAUCACUUAAUGCUCGCGCAGCAGCCUUGGCAGCUGGCGUUGCAACUUCCACACCUCUAUCGCCUGGCAUGCAAGCCAACUUCAAAGGUUUCACGUUCGUUGACGAGAGUGCUAUGGAUGAGCAUAUGGGAGCCAGUGUCAAGGAAGAGUUUGACGAUAUGGAUGAAGAUGAGAAGCGAGACCAAGACUGGGAGGACCCAUUUGAUGUUUCUGGCAAGCACCGUGGCGACAGAAUGAGCGGCAUUGUCAAAACCAACACCAACGAAGAUAGCAGCAUGUUCAACGGCGAACAUUUCGACAUGUAAAUUGCAACAGACCGAAUCAUGUUUUCUUGCGCUUGAUAUGAUCCUCUUUACAUAGUACGCAUCGGGCCGGAGUCGAAUUUGUCUUUUUGCAUUGGGUGGAGUCUGGUCUUCAUGUCAUCUGAA